CAGUCCUAGCGCAAGGAAGCGAAACGUCAUCCUACCCUACUGCCGCCCAUGACAGCCGAGGAAGAAGCUAUCAGCGUGCAAGCUGAGCAAUGCCUUAUAUUGUGCGCACGCCAGGGCUUGGAGUGGGCGCCUAGCUGUCGUCACGUCCAGCUCAUGUCAACGUUGUAGUGCUUACUAGUCCAAGUGACGCUGUUCUGUAUCUGUUUGCUGGGCUUGGUGUUUGCGUGCUAUAUACUUACUACUUGCGUUACUUCUUAUCAGCAACCAUCUCGCUUCCAUCACUCGCCGUUCCGUCUAAUCGCACGCCAUCGACUACAGCACCAUGAACGCACCAACCAUUCUCACCAUACCUGUCGAGCUACGAGAGCUCAUUUACGGGUUUCUCUUUGGUAGCUACACCAUUCGACACGGCUUCAAACACCCAGGCCUUCCCAGCAGCAAAACGAACGCCUCUAGUCGCACAUCACUACUUCUUACUUGUCGCCAGAUCUACACCGAGGCCAGCCGUCAUCUUCCGCUCAACUGCACCAUUCACUUCCGCGGUACUGAGAACUUGCUCGAGACACUCCUCUCUAUUGAUCAGAGUGUGCUGACCCGCUUGCGCCACAUUCGGGUUCGCGCGUAUCCAUUCCCCCUGUACACUGGAGAGACUACGCAUUACUAUCCUACCUACUAUGCAGCAAAUGCGUUUAAUCUGCUGCCUGGUCUGUGUCUUGAUACACUAGUUGUGGAAGAUUGCUGGCAUGGCUUUGGCAUGUGCGAUGGCUGGCGAGACGUUACAACUUAUUUCGACAUCGAAAGCCUCCUCAAUAGCGACGCUUGGAAACAGCUUACCUACAUAACACCUUGUACCGACUUCAUCGCCUCGGGCUACGACCACCGGCACAAACGGUCAGCCCAGCCCGAAAACUGGGAUGCGCUUAUCAAGGAACGUGAUGGAGUCGAGUACGGCGCCGAGGUCAAGAUGUACAUCGUUCCGUACGACCAGCAAGCAGCUACCGGCUGUGAAAAAACCGAGGACGGACAGACGAUGCAGCCCUGGGCAGCAAAGCCAGGAGAUAGAGUCAACGAGGACUGGCGGAUCGCAGGACCGGAGCAAGAUAUGAAAGGCGAGGUCAGGAUCCUGGCGAAGCGAGGUAAGCGGGCAAGAGUAGUACAAUUGGGUCUCAGCGAAAAAAGAACUUGGAAAGAAAUCAAAGGAACCACUGUUGGUGGCUUUGCCCCCGAAGGAUGGACGCCAUACCACAACGACAUGUCAGAUGCAGUCGGAUGGAUAUACGGUGGCUAUGGGCGAAGGAUGCAACUAGCAGACGCCGCUCUUCACAGUUGACUACAUCGCUUCACUACGCAACCCGUCCACACACCAUGGAUGUCGGAUGCAUGAACUCAGGAUUGAGUACUGUGCAGCGGUCGGCUGCAAAGUGCAAGAUCCAGUACACCUGCAUUCAUUUAUAUAGGUUGCCGAGGUGCGUGGUAGCGCUGUCUUUGCAAGGCGGCUGAAGUAUUUUGCGUGCUGUGCCGCAUGGCAUAGUGAGGCUAUGUAUUCGAAUCGUGGCACACGGAAGAUAUGUGUCUGAGAAAGGUGGUACUGCAUUAUUGAUUGUGCAGCAUUUUGUAGUGUGAGCUCGAGAUGGUUAGUUUGAGAGGCAUGUAGGAAUAUUGCGCCGGACAUGCCCA